CGGGGAGGCGGUGGCUCUGGUUGCGGCCUAGGCCCCGGUUUGAGGCCUCGGCCUCGAUUUGGGCUCAGAUUCGGCCUCCCCGGGUCCCCGCAGCGGCCACGACUGAAGGAGCCGCCUCGGGGGAGGCCGCGGCCCCCCCCCGGACCUGCAGCCGCCGGGGGGGGGGCGCCGGGACCCGCCGGAGCCGGACCGGGCCCAAGGAGCGGUCCCAUGAUGCCGUCCGGCCCCAUUGAUCCCAAUGGAGCCGAGUUGUUCCUCAAGGAAGAUCCCGAGAAGCGCUUCGGGGACCUGCGGGAGAUCGGGCACGGCAGCUUCGGAGCCGUCUACUACGCCCGGGACCUGCGCACGUCCGAGGUUGUGGCCAUCAAGAAGAUGAACUACAGCGGGAAACAGGCCAAUGAGAAGUGGCUGGACAUCGUCAAGGAGGUGUCUCUGCUGCGGCGUCUGCGCCACCCCAACACCGUCCAGUACCGGGGCUGCUUCCUCUGGGGCCGCACAGCCUGGCUGGUGAUGGAGCGUUGCGUGGGCUCCGCCUCGGACCUGCUGGAGGAGCACCAGCAGCCGCUGCAGGAGCUGGAGAUCGCAGCCAUCGUCCAUGGGGCACUGCAGGGGCUGCGCUACCUCCACAUGCACAGCGUCAUCCACAGGGACGUGAAGGCCGGGAACAUCCUCCUGACUGCGCCAGGAUUGGUCAAGCUGGGGGACUUUGGCUCCGCCUCCACCUCGGCCCCCGCCAAUUCCUUCGUGGGGACGCCAUACUGGAUGGCGCCGGAAGUGAUCCUGGCCAUGGACGAGGGGCUGUAUGAUGGCAAAGCCGAUGUGUGGUCCCUGGGCAUCACCUGCAUUGAGCUGGCGGAGCGGAGGCCGCCGCUGUUCAACCUGAACGCGAUGAGCGCCCUCUACCGCAUCGCACAGGAACCAGCGCCCGCGCUGCAGCCCCGGCACUGGUCGGACUUGUUCUGCUCCUUCGUCUCCUCCUGCCUGCAGAAGGCGCCAUUGGCCCGGCCCAGCUCUGACGUCAUCAUCCAGCAUGGGUUCGUGACCCGGGCGCUGCCCCCAUGGGUGCUGCCAGAGCUGCUGCGGCGCUGCCGGGACCCAGCGCGGAGACAGGCCCUGGAGCCCAGCAGCAGCUCCAGCUCCAGCCUGGACCAGGAUGAGGACGAGGAGGAGGAGGAGGAGGAAGAAGACAGCUCCCCAUUGGCCGAGCAGGACACAGGCUCCUCCCCCAGCUCCAUUUUCCACCAAUUGGCUGUGAGUUGA